CACUGCACUCGUCCUCCUUCCCCUUUCUCUUCCCCAAAACCCUACACCACGUCCAGCGACGAGGACGGGAGCAGUGAACCCCGCCGCCGCCGCUGCCAUGGCGCUCCGCCGGAUCAACCCGACCAAGAAGCCCCUCCUCCAUCUCCCCCGCCCCUUCUCCUCGUUGUCGUCCUCCAACCCCCCCUUCCCUCCUCCUCCACCGCCGCAGUCCGACGACACCGACGCCUCCCCGCCCCCUCCGCCCCCGAACAGCGGCGAGCCCCCGCAGAGGCCCUCAUCCUUCAGCGACCUCCGCGAACAGCGGCGAGCCGCCGCCGAGUCCCUCGACAACAUCCGGCGCUACCUCGAGCACUCCCGCGCCGCGUCCCGGAUCCCCGGCGGCGCCCCGUUGACGCUGCCCCUCUUCUCCCCCCCGGCGGCUCGCAACCCCAACGCUGACGGCGCCAAGCCGUGCGCCUUCGACUUCACCAUCCUCAGCAAGGGCCUCCGGAAGAUCCGGCAGCAGCAGAAGCAGCCGCCCAAGGAGUUCCCCUCAGCAACUUCAGACAGCAUCUUCGCCAAGGAGAGAGCCGGGGCAGAGGCGGAAGAUCCGGACCCUCCCCGUCCCACCAGGCAAGCCGCGAUGUCCCUGAGACGAGAACAAGACUUAUCAGAAGUAUUGGGCGGCAGGACCGGACUACCAGAAUCAUCCACGGCAGGAAGAGAAGCUACUGACGGAGAACUACAUGAGCCAAAGGACACUUUCCGAGAUUUUUAUUUCCUUCAUCUAUCUCUCUUGGUGGUGCGAUGGCCUUUGCAGGAAGAACACACAAGCAGAGAGGACCUGAAUUGGGGGAUAAAACUCUUCCAGAAAGUAGCAAGUGAGGUGGUCUGAGCUGGUUUCCUUCUGAUCGAAAUUUUAGAUAUGGCGGUGAAGAUCUCGUCGGAGGUUGCCUUUUGCUGAAUGUUGUAGAAGACUGAAUAAUGUGGAAGAUGCUGAAGAACUUGUUUUUUCUUUUGAUGGCUUUUGACCUAGUGAUGUUGCCAGUUGAUUCUUGGUGUACAUAUGCAGAUCCCUCAUCGAGGUGGGGGUCUGCUGUUAGUUGUAAGCUAAGGGCUAGCAGCCAUGGCACCCGUUAGGUUUCUCCUCUUUUUUGUUGUUAUUGUUGUUGUAGUGAACCUGGUGGUUUCUUUUAAAGGAAAUCGGAAAGGAAA